AUGAUCCCCUUCCAGGACGAAUACGUCGAACACGAAACUGCGAACUGCUUCCGCGUGUUCACAGGAAAGUCAAAACAGAAAGGAGAACGACCGAUCCCGAGGACGAGCCCAGACGACAGAUCGGCGAUAGUAAUCGCCGUUGCAGGGACCCGCUUCUCCCGACCGGACACAGAGACAAAGUUCGGGGGAGCCAUAUGGGCGGGGGAAAACAGCCCAUACAAUGAAGGGUUCCAAGUUCCAGGCCGGGAAGAGGACACCUACUGCCUAGGGAUCCUCACAGCGAUAGCCCAGGCCGCUAGUACGAUCCCAGCCUCAAAGCCUAUCAUCUUCAGAGUCCCGAACGACAGCAUAAUCCGAGAGCUUACGAGGAACAGGAAAAGCCGAGAAGACCAAGACUGGUUAGGAGAGGAAGCGGGAGCGAUGAAAUCGGCGAUCGCAAAUAUCCGAGCCCGAGAGGGCUGGACGGCGUUCCUACUAAGCCCCCUGAGAGCGAAACACGAGGGGACGAGCAAAGCACGCGACCUAGCAAGAGAUGCACUCUCACACGGAGUGAUCAGACCCUGGCCCGAGAUCCCCGACGGCUUCGAGCUCCGGGGCGCAAAGCUAAGCACCGCGACACAGAGCGAACUGUACCGACGACUAGUAAGAGCACGAAAACCGAGCCAAAGGAGACGCACCGCGAUAAACCUUGACAUCAUCAGAUGGGCAGCGAAAGACCUCAACGGCACCCCCCCCACAGACGGAUGCAUCUGGAAAGCGACGAGGGAUCCCGCCCUGCUGAGGAACGAACGCGCUUUCCUCUUCAAAACAAUACACGACGCCCACCGGGUCGGCGAAUACUGGGAAAAGAUCACCAACUACGAAAACCGAGCUGUAUGCGGGGUAUGCGACUGCACGGAAACAAUGGAACACAUACUUACCGAGUGCAAAGGCAGCGGGUGUAAGACCAUAUGGAAACUAGCCGAGAAACUCUGGAACGAAAAGACCAACAGGCGCUGGCCAGGGACGAGUUUCGGAACAAUACUAGCGAGCGGAAUGGCGUCCCUCAAGGGGGACCGAGACGGGAGUGCGAGUAGAUUCCUGAAGAUCAUAAUCGCGACAUCUAGCCAUCUGAUAUGGGUGAUACGGUGUGAAAGAAGAAUCCAACGCGGCGAGCACCCUGAGAAACGACAUACCGCGAACGAGAUUCACAAUAGAUGGGUUGCAAAGAUGAACCACAGACUACAUCUCGACCAAGCGAUGGCCGACAAGAGAAGGUACGAGAAUAAAGCCGUAUCGAGGAAGACAGUCCUGACCACGUGGUCGGGCACACUCCUCGAAGAAGAGAGCCUCCCCGAGAACUGGAUUAGGAAGGAUGCGGUUUUAGUGAGUAUACAACCAAUUCGCGAUCGAGGGGGAUGA